AUGCAGUUUGCCGACAAAAAAUUUGGAGAGUUCCUAUCCGAGCUAGGAAUCAAGGAGAAGUUCUCCUCGGUAGAACAUUCACAGAGUAAUGGUCAAGUAGAAGCAGCAAAUAAAGUCAUUCUGAAAGGACUGAAGAAACGACUCGAUCAAAAGAAGGGCUCAUGGGCAGACGAGCUAGCUUCGGUCAUAUGGUCUUACAGAACGACCGCCCAGUCAUCUACCGGAGAAGCACCAUUUCGACUCACCUACGGAGUCGACGCCGUCAUCCCAGUCGAGGUCGGGGAGCUGAGUCUAAGGUUACUCCUCGGCGGGAGAGAUGAGGCAGUGGAAAAGGAUUUGAUUGAAGAAUCUAGACAGAUGGCCCACUUUACGGAAAUAAUGAUUAAGCAAAGGUUAGCCCUGAGGUACAAUAGCAAGGUACUAAAAAGAAGUCUCGAAGAAGGCGACCUAGUGUUGCGACACAACGACAUAGGAUCGCCGACCCUAUGA